AUGAUUUGGGAAGCAAUGAACAAGGACUAUGAUAAGAGGCUGAGUUCAAAAAUUAACUAUGAUGCUUCGGAUAAAUUAAAUGAAGAGCUUGGUUAUGCACCUGCAUUCGAAGAAGGCACAAAGUCUAAUUGUGGCAGUCAUGGUGAUAUGCAACUGUAA